GAGACCAGAUUCGUCGAUGGAAGAGCCAUUCUGCAGUGGGACAUCUUUGCCUCCAAUGGGAUUAUUCAUGUCAUUUCCAAGCCUUUAAAAGCUCCCUCUACCCCAGGGACUUCAGGCCACCCCGGCCUGGGAACAGGGGUGUUCUUUGCCAUCGUCCUGGUCAGCGGAGCCAUUGCCUUGGCGGGGUACUCCUACUUUCGACUAAACCGGAGAACGAUUGGCUUCCAGCAUUUUGAGUCAGAAGAGGACGUUGGCGUCGCAGCUCUUGGCAAGCAGCAGCCCGAGAGUGUCUCGAACCCCCUGUACGAGAGCGCAACUCCAGCAGCCCUGGGACCUUCCUACGUCCCCUUCAUGGACCCUGGCGACCAGCAGCUGGACAGCAGUGACCCCCUGGGGGCGCUAUGAGGGCUGGACCUGCCCCAUGCAGACAUCGCCGCUGCCACCCGGGUCCCUGGGGCCACCUCAGGAAGGCCAUCGACUGUGAAUCCUCGGCCGCAGCUGACUGUGGGAAAUGUAAGGUCCUUUAACAUUUCAGUCCGGAGCACUCAGGCCGUACCUCAUCUCUUCAGUUGAUCCAGGGGAUAUUCUGUCUCUGUGGGUGAGAGACUACGUUCAGCCCACCCACCACCCAGGGGACUGGCUCCCUCCCUGACCCUCUGCUAUCUUCCCCAACCUCCAGUAGCACCUUCUACCUUUUGCCCAGCACUCUAGUGACCGUAUCUUAUUUCCCUGUUAGACUGUAAGCUUCCGAAGGCAGAGACCUUCCUCAUUCGUCUGUAUCUUGGCACCCAGCACAGUGUGUGGCAUGUGAAAUGUGCUCAAUUACUGGUUACAGAACAGAAAUAAAGUCAAUGGAACAAA